GCCGGCGCGGGCUCUGUGGUUCCGGGCGGAAGUGAGGAGCGCAGCGGAACGGCCUCUGGUGACAUUUUCUUGGGGCGGCGCGGACGACUGAAGGGACUUGGCGGCUGCGGAGGCGGCGGGCUUCCCUGUGUCCGCGGCGGGGCCUCCUGGCCGCGACCCCCCUCCGCUCGCUGCCGGGGGCUCGUGCCGCCGAGGAGGAGCAGGCGGCGGUGGCCGUCUCGUCCCGAGUGACCGCGGCCGGGGCUGGGGUGGAGAGGGACAGGCUCCCGGCCGGAGGGUCGUCGCCGUGUGCCCCGACGGGGAGGAGGAGGCGGCGGCCCGGAGCGCAGGUUUCUUUCCUGUUGCAUCUUUGAUAUCAUUUCCUAGACUUUGCUCCAUGAUUUAAUUUGAAAUUCUGAAAUGAAGAUGGAGGAGGCAGUGGGAAAAGUCGAAGAACUCAUUGAGUCCGAAGUCCCACCAAAAACAUCUGAACAAGAGACAGUCAAGGAGGAAGCAGGCUCUGUGGAACUGGAUUCUCAAGUUGCGAAAGACAGUGUGACGGAUUCUGCAGUUCUCUCUUCCAUGCCCUGCUUGUUGAUGGAACUGAGAAGGGACUCUUCAGAGUCUCAGUUUGCGUCGACAGAGAGUGACAAGCCGACCACCGGCCGUGUGGAUGAGAGUGACUCUUCUAAUCACUGCAUGCUUUCCCCUUCCUCUAGCGGCCACCUGGCUGAUUCAGACACAUUGUCUUCUGCAGAGGAGAAUGAGCCAUCCCAGGCAGAGACCGCAGUGGAAGGAGACCCUUCAGGAGUGUCUGGUACCACGGCUGGGCGCAAGUCUAGGCGGUCUCGCUCUGAAAGUGAGACAUCUACCAUGGCUGCCAAGAAAAACCGGCAAUCCAGUGAUAAACAGAAUGGCCGAGUUGCCAAGGUCAAAGGUCAUCGGAGCCAAAAGCACAAGGAGAGAAUCAGACUACUGAGGCAGAAGCGGGAAGCUGCUGCGAGGAAGAAGUACAACCUGCUGCAGGACAGUAGUACCAGUGACAGUGACCUGACUUGUGACUCCAGCACAAGCUCAUCUGAUGAUGAUGAAGAGGUUUCAGGGAGCAGCAAGACAAUCACUGCAGAGAUACCAGAUGGACCUCCAGUUGUAGCUCAUUAUGAUAUAUCUGACACCAGCUCUGACCCAGAAGUGGUAAAUGUGGACAAUUUAUUGGCGGCUGCAGUAGUUCAAGAGCACACUAAUUCUGUAGGCGGCCAGGACACAGGAGCUACCUGGAGGACCAGCGGGCUUCUAGAAGAGCUGAAUGCAGAGGCAGGUCACUUGGAUCCAGGAUUCUUGACGAGUGAUAAGCCAUCUGCGGGCAGUGCACCCCUGAAUGAGGAAAUUAACAUUGCCUCCUCGGACAGUGAAGUAGAGAUUGUGGGAGUUCAGGAGCAUGCAAGGUGCGUUCAUCCUCGAGGAGGUGUGAUUCAGAGCGUGUCUUCAUGGAAGCAUGGUUCGGGGACACAGUACGUCAGCAGCCGGCAGGCACAGUCAUGGACUGCUGUGACCCCCCAGCAGACGUGGGCUUCCCCAGCAGAAGUGGUCGACCUCACUCUGGAUGAGGAUAGUAGACGUAAAUACCUACUGUGAUCCCAUGUCACUGUGUUUCUCUGCACUGCUCCCUCCCACUUCCUCCUCCUCUGUGUGACACGGAACUUCAUUGUCAUGGCUUCAGCUUCAGAAGCUGUUUGUGGCAUUUGUAGAAUUGAAAACUCAUGGAAAACCUCUUUUUUUUUUUAAUUAAAAGAAGUCACUUAGGAAGAUAACUUAUCACUGAGAAAAGAAUUUCUUUUUCCCUCAGUAAGCAUAUAAAAAUAAUGAAUUUAUUAGACAACCUCAUUUUACUUGACUUUUAAUCUUAGGAAACUCUACCUUCCUUUUAGAAUAAUAUUUAAUUACCAGGUAAAAUGGAUUUCAGUUUUUGAGUCUUGUAUUUAUUUUUCUGUGUAAUGAAAUUGCUCUCUAGACUUGACCACUAUCUGCCCUGACUCCAUUGGCACUCUCAGCUUGGGGCGUUCACACACAUAUCAGUCAUGUCCUUACUGGCACCUAGUAUGGCAUGUGCACUUAAAAAAAACCUGUCCUUCAAAACAGAAGACAGAAGUAUUACAAGUAUUACUCUUUUUGGCUUAAGUCUUCGGCCUUCUUUCCUGACUUUGCUCCUGAUUGACUUCUCACAACACUUGUGUUCCUACGUAUUACUAAGGUGCCCUAGUUAGUCUCCUUGUUGCAAUAAUUUAUGACUGUGGAAAAUGUCUCCUGUGGGGCAGAGGACAUUUCAGAUCCCCACCAAGAGAUCUGGGCAUCAGAGGGGGAGAAUAUUGUAGAAGCACUGGGAACAUUUGUCUCCCUCACCCAUUUUUCAUGGUUUGGUCAAAUAAUAGGAAAGUAUUGAAGCCUGUUUCUAGAACAUGAAAAUUGUGUGGCUUAUAAGGUUAUAGGCCCUCGUAUUUCAGAGGAGAGUGCAGCGUUUCAUAGUGCUGUCCGUAAGACCUGUAACAGCCUCAACACCUGAGCUGAAGUACACCUGAUGCUAUAUUGGGGUGUUUUUCCCCUUCUUCCAAUUCUAAGAAAACAUGCCCUGAUUUAAACAAAACAAAACAGAUUUAGGCUGUAUUUGACCAGCAUGCUGAACGUGAACAACACUGUAUUUAAAAAGCAUCUAAAGGGAAUAGCAAAGGGCAGUAUAAGCUUCAGGGAAUUCAGGAAAAUGCUAGCAUUGGAGUUUUGUGGCAAUGCUACUACCUUUUCUCUCUAAUGUCUUGUUAGAGAGAAUUAUUAUUAAUUCUUUUAAAAGCAAUAUCUAGGGUUAGAACACUAUGUAUUGUGCACAGGCAGAGGGAAGUGAUACUGGCUCAGAAGACCUCACUUUUUUAAAAAUUUUGUCUGCUUUUAUUGUUUUUUGUUUGUUUGUUUCUGUUUCCACUGUUGCUAUGGUCCCUUGCUGAUCUUCCUAGAUGCCUUGAUGGUCUUCCAAAUCGUGAGUUUGAGGACCGGUUCAGUUUCCAUUCAGCUAACACACAUUUAGCGAGUGCCUGCUCUGCAUGAGGCUCUGCGCGGGGUGGGUGCUGCGGUGACUGCGGGAACACAGCCCGCAUGUAAGCCUUCAGAUUCUCUCUGGCCCCAGCUACCUGGCCUUUUCUGCCACUGUAUGUGAAGGCACACUGGUUCCUUUGCUCUCCUUCCUGUUCCUUCAGUUCUGCACACUCCUUCUUCCUUGGGAGUGUGUUUGAGUGUGUGUUCCUUGAUCUCGGACAGCAUCUCAUUUGAUCUAGCCUCUCUUCUUCAGGUUUUCAUCUUCCUUCCAGUCUACUUUUGAUACAUAGGUUUUUAGGAUCACAGACCUCUGGUUUUAGCACCUCACGUGUCGUUCUCUCACAUGGCCACAAUUCUAGACAAAAACCAAAGACCCAGAGGCCAACGCAAAAUAGGACCUUCUGAAGCCUCACUACUGGUGUGUCCUUGGACCUUCACAUUUUACUUUAGGACUAACUUAUUGAGUUUUACUGUUACACAUUAUUUUUGACUUGAAUUAAAAUACCAGACAAGCAGAAAUGUGUAAUUUCUGGUCUGUGUUUUCCAGGAAAAUCAUUGGGAAGAUAUUAGAGUGGAUUAUAUGACUUGAAGUUUUUGCAGCUUGUUUUCUUGCCUGUGUUAGAGCAGAGCUCCAUUUUGAAGAAUGUGUUUGCAUUGCUUGUUCCUGUGUUGGUGGUGUGUUCAUCUGAGUCCACAUGGCAAGCAAUCCCAUGGCAUGGUCUCUUUAGUCACCUUCCAAAGAGAGGACUUGUGGGGCAUGCUGUGAGCACGAUGGAGUGGGAACAGAGUGCGAACUUGCAACCAAGCUCUUCUGCUUUAAUAUCAGCUUGCACUUUCCCUUAUUUGUCCCUAAACUGGUCCCUGGACUUUUCUAUGUGGUACAUCAGAGCAGAGAUUUGAAAUGUUAAAGGAGCAAAUAGAGCAGGGGGAGCGAUGGUAGAGAUUGUCAGCUCUCCUCUUCCCUAUGAGGUUCCCACUUACCGACGAUAGAGACCAUGUUUCAACUCUUGCUUUGUUGCUCCAUCAAGAAGAGUGGGGAUGUAGUUUCAGGCAAGGUAUUAAUAAAAUUCUGAUACACAAUUUCUGUAACAUUUAAAAUUUCUUUUAAAGAGCUUGCAUUUGAUAAUUGAUCCUUUAAGCUUCACAAGACAUUGUCUACUCAAAGUAGUGUCUCUUCUAAAAUGGGACACAUGGUUUAUGCCACUGACUUGGUUAAAUUCUCCUCCCCUCCAAUUUGAAGAAACAGAGCAGUAGGCUAGCUAUCGCAUCGUCAUGACUGCCUUGUAACUUAACUCAUUUCAUUUUGCUCAUGAGGGCAUCCUGAAUGGGCUCCAUUAUUCUUGAAAAUCGAGCAUCCUGUGAACUCUGCUUUUACUGUUAUCAAUUGUGAACCUUGGCUGUCUGAUUUACUAAUUUAGUGUUCUUUUCAUCUUUACUUUUAGCAGCCUAGUACCGUUGGAAACCUAAAGUUAAAUGUGUUGCCUGCUUUUUAUAAUGUGUCACAAGGUUUUUGAAUAAGCUGGGGACACAAUUUCAUCUUCUCAGUUUUAACUUUUUUUUUU